AUGGUACUUAUUUAUUUAUUGAUUAAUUCACUUGGGAAAUAUUUGGCUUAUCCUGAUGAGCAACAUAAUCAACCAACGAAAAUAAACUAUUCCAAUUUUAUUGAAAAUGGUCGAAGUGUUAAAAUUGGUGAGGAUAAAUCGGCGAAUAAUGAUAUAUUAUUAAUUUAUAUUUACGCUGGCACGCAUUCUCAUGCAUACGGAAAUUUAAAAUAUUUUAUCGAUAAAUGUGUUCGUCAAGGAGAUCAUGUUGAUUAUUACUUUAUAUUACAACAAGUUGAUAAUAAACCAAUAAAUGAGAGUGAUAUGCCAUUAUUAACAUCAAACAGUGCUUAUUAUAUUCAACAUGAAAAUAAAUGUUUUGAUUUUGGCACUGUUGGAUGGUU